AUGGUCGACACGCACAUCAUCAUCUCGGCAAUUGUUGCAUUCCUCGCUGUUGCCCUUGGAGCUGCGUAUAUGAGCGGUGUUUUGGAUCCAGUUGCCCAGGAGAUGGGUAUCUGGCUCUUCAAGGCGAAGGCAGAGGCCGAGAAGAAGAAGUUGCAAGCGCAAUGUAUGAAAGAGGGCGAGAAUUUUGUUUCUGGUAAUGCUACCUUAGCGGAUCCGAGGUACAUGCGACCUGCCACUUUCUCCUCAAAGAUUCCCACAGCCGUUCGCAGCGGGGAGUUCAACACCUUGCUGCCAAGCUCACCGGGUCUCACCAAGGGGGGCGGAAGCAAGGCAAGAGGGCAAGACAAGAGGGCAAGGCAAGAGAGCAAGGUACUUGUAUGGCUUCGGGGCCUUCCCGCCAUCGCCUAUCGCGCAUACAGACAAGACAGCGAGCGACUGUUGACCCGGAAUCCAGAAAGCCUCACCCUCGCCCUCGCCGAGAGCUGGACCGCUCGGUCGGGCGAACGGCUACAUACAAUGCAGCGCGUCACCUCCCUCCUGCCCUCCUGGGACAAAACAAAGACGGGCAGCAAGAAAGGAUUCGAUAAAGCUUGGGGAUGGGCGGACAAACUCGGCGCACCGGUGAACCGCCUCUCGAACAAGAUCGGCUCCGAGGCCUUUUGGCCUACGACUCUGGAUAGGGAAUCAGACAAGGCGGCGCGCAUAUUGAGGUCUUUCUGCAAGGAUGGCUUCUACGGCGAAGAAGACCGCCCUUCCAUACUCAACGCGCCGAAGGGCAAGCAGCGGGUUCUCAAGAAGAUCCCUCAGAAAGUUAUACAAAAUGCAGUUGGGCUGGCGAUCUUCACGACGAUGCGGACCGGCCUGUGGAUCUCCGGCGCCGGCGGAUCGGGCGUGUUGAUUGCUCGGAAAGAAGAUGGGGAAUGGAGUCCGCCUUCUGGUAUCAUGUUGCAUACUGCUGGUCUGGGAUUCCUGGUUGGGGUGGAUAUCUAUGAUUGUGUUGUUGUGAUCAACAAUCGCAAGGCGCUUGCUGCUUUCACGAAGAUCAGGGCUACGCUCGGGGGUGAGAUUUCUGCAGUGGCAGGCCCGGUCGGUGUGGGGGGUCUCUUGGAAAACGAUGGGAAAUGGAAACAGGCAAAUCGCCCAGUCUUCACCUACCUCAAAUCUCGAGGCUUCUACGCUGGAGUCCAGGUCGAUGGGACGGUAAUCAUCGAGCGAAACGACGAGAACGAACGAUUCUACGGCCAAAGACUUGGCGCUGCGGAAAUUCUGGCCGGAAAGGUGCGGAAGCCACCGGAUGAGCUCAAGAUGCUCAUGGAGACGUUGAAAGCUGCGGAAGGUCGGAGUGAUAUUGAUAAGGAUAUGAUGGAGGAGCUCGAAGGUCAACCUGCGCCUGGAGACGUCAAUAUCGAAGACCCGGGACCGACUGGCCCAAUCCCCAUAUUUGGUAUCCCCGAGCCGGACGAUCCCGACCCGUAUGGUGUGUUGGCUCUGGAGGCGGAGGGAUUUGAGAUUCGGGAAGCAGGGUCGAAGAGCAGACCUCCGAGUACACAGUUCGAAUUCAACCCGAGUCCGACGAGCCCGAUCUACCCUAAACUCAACCGCCAAAGUAUUGACACACUAAUGACAACGCGGAGUAAUAGAGAGAGCUACAUGUCGAACCGAAGUUACCGAAUUCGGACGAGUACGGAUAAAGCACUACCUUCAAGCGAGACGGGUACACAGACCGACGACAGGCUUUCGCCAAACACAAGUCCGAGCCGCAGCGACCAGGGUCAAUCGAUUUUCAAGGAGGAAAAGCCAAUCAUCGAGGAACCAGAAGAAAUCGACUACACGAAAAUCGACCUCAGUCCUCUCACCCGCCUCAAUCAAAGUGACGAGUUUGAUGGUACGACAGUAAAUGAUGACCGUCCCCGUGGACGCAGCACUACCGGCCGUCGGACUGUCUCAGUCGACACAACUCAUACAACCCAUACCCAUACCGAUUCCGAUUCCGAUUCCCUUACUGACCUGAGCGCGACCGAUGAUGAAUAUGAUGAUUAUGAGGAGGAAGAGCCUGUAAUAUUUGAAGCUGCCUCUGCUCAAGCUCAGGUUAUCACCCCUUCAGAAAUAAAAGCUAGGGGUGGUGUAGUCAACAUCCCGAAGCGACCGCCGCCACCGCCUGUGCCGCCUAGGAGUCAGGCGAGACCGGAGAUGAUUGAUCGAGGUAGCGGUAAAAGCCUAGCCAAAUCGACUUCGGAGGAGUUUGACCUCGCUGGUGUGGGAAGACAAAGCGUCGAAGUCAUCCCUACCAGCAUUGAGCCUGUGAAAGCAUCCAAAUUCGAGGAAAAUCGACCGGAGCUUGAGAAGGCCAUUGCCAACACCGAACAGCCUAUCGUGAUGGAGGAUCUCGAGGCUGCCAAGCUUGAGGGAGAGCACGAAAAGGUGCCCAUGGAGACGGGGAAGCUGGGCAUUAAUGAUCUUGACGAGAAGGACGAAUUUCACAGUGCGCCGGCGCCCACGUCAUUUGCGGUGAAGGCUGCGACGGCUGUUGCGUGA